UCGCUGGGCCGUCUCACACAGCAGACAGUGUAGUUGGUGGGGAUAGGGCGUUGUACUUUUUUUAAUUUUUUUUUUUGAAAUUUCCUUCCUCCAAUUAGUGUUUAUAUUUGGUGAAGUUUAUUAAUAUUCCAUAAUGGCGAUUACCAGUACAUGCAAUUGCAAACUGGCACCCGGACAAAAUGGAAAAUCGAAGCAUGCCUAUUGCCCAACCGAGAAUCAUUUUACUGAUAAGCAAUCAUUCCAAGAAGGCUAUGAAGGAAUUGGGAAACCAAGAAACAGAAAUGGCAUUGAAUCUUUUGAAGAGGUUCCUAUGUCAGUUGCUUUACUGACUUACAUGGGAUGGGGGAUUAUUAUUCUUAUUGGAUAUGUCAAAGAAUUUCUACUUAGUUUUGUGCCUAGUCAAAAUCCUGAAAAGAAUCGUGAGGGCUUUGCUCCCCUAUAUUCAAGUUUUGAAUCUUUUUACACACGCAAUGUCUAUCGCCCCAUUCGUGAUUGCUGGAACAGGCCCAUUUGUUCUGUACCAGGGGCAGAGCUUGUUCUUAAAGAUCGUGUUACCCAUGAUAAUGGCUGGACGUUCAGCUUCACAAACACAUUCACCAAAUGUCUUAAUAUGGGGUCUUACAAUUAUCUGGGAUUCGCUGAAUGUGAAGGCCCUUGUGCAACUGCUGCCCAAAAAACUACCUACAGUUUAGGUUUGGGAGUUUGCAGUCCAAGACAGGAGCUCGGAACCAUGGCCAUUCAUAAAGAAUUGGAAACGUUAGUAGCAAGAUUCGUGGGAGCUGAGGACGCUAUAACUUUUGGAAUGGGUUUUGCCACCAAUGCCCUGAAUCUACCAAGUCUAGUUUCCAAAGGUUGCCUUGUUAUCAGUGAUGAAAACAACCACGCUUCACUCAUUCUUGGCCUUCGAUUAUCUGGAGCCACUAUUCGUGUUUUUAAACACAACAAUAUGAAGAGUUUAGAGGCAAAGCUCCGCGAAGCAGUUGUUCAAGGACAACCGCGCACUUACCGGCCAUGGCGUAAAAUUUUGAUUGUUGUCGAAGGCGUUUAUUCAAUGGAAGGUUCUAUCGUUAAUCUCCCAGAGAUAAUUGCUUUGAAGAAAAAGUAUAAGGCUUAUCUAUACUUGGAUGAGGCUCAUAGCAUUGGGGCGCUUGGACCACGAGGGCGUGGCGCAGUAGAUUACUUUGGGUGUGAUCCAAAAGACGUCGAUGUAUUGAUGGGCACGUUCACUAAAAGUUUUGGAUCCGCUGGGGGUUACAUUGCUGGAUCGAAGAAACUGAUUAAUCAUCUUAGAAUUAACAGCCACGCAAAUUGCUAUGCUACGGCAAUGUCACCGCCUGUCGCACAACAAAUUAUCUCAUCAAUGCGCAUUAUUAUGGGGGAAGACGGGACCGACGAAGGACAACGCCGGUUGGUACAGUUGUCCCGCAAUAGUCGUUAUUUCCGGCAAAAGCUACGCCAACUUGGUUUAAUUGUAUAUGGUAACGAUGACUCGCCUGUCGUCCCAGUGUUACUUUUCAUGCCAGCUAAAAUUGCUGCCACAUCCCGAGAACUUAUCAAGCGCGGCGUUGCCUCUGUUAGCGUUGGGUUUCCUGCCACUAGGAUCACCGAGAGCCGUUCCCGGUUCUGUAUCUCUGCCUCACAUACUAAAGAAAUGCUAGACAAGGCUAUUGAAGCUAUGGACGAAGUCGCAGAUCUAUUACGCCUUAAGUAUUCCCGCUUACCACGCCCCAUCGGACCUGUAAUUUACGGCGAAGAUAAAAAACCUCAACAGGACCAAGUCGAUUAAGUUGGAACAAAAUUGUUAAAACUGAAGCAAAAAAAAAUCAUCCCUGCCGUCAGGAAGAGAAAUCUUUCAAGUCCGUUUAUUGUAUUUUUCAGUCUUUUUAUAUGUAAAUUUAUUAAAAUAGCCUAUUGUUGAUGUCAGUCUUCUACGUGGAUGACCUUUCGAUCAACGAAAACCAUUGCAACUCAAUCAAAUACAGAACACAAUCCAAGUAGUAA